AUGACUGUGCGCGUAAAGCUUAUGGGGAGCUUGGGUGGGAAAGGGGCAGGUCUAAGGGUAUAUUCAACAAGAGCUAUAACCCUGUCGGUGAUGCGGCUUUUUUCAGAGGUCUACUCUCUGACGCCUGUCCACCUUUUCACUCAAAAUAAAUGCUUGCGCUCUCACAUUGUAAUCCUCCAUAUACCUGCUCCAAUCUAUGCCUCCUCGAGGCUCAGGCCAAAGGCUUUGAAGGUCAUGGGUACAAUUAACGCCUUGGAGAUACGGACUUUGAGUUUCUCACCAUCCUUCUGUCGGGCUAAUGUUCAGAGCUGCUCUCCAAAGCGAGAAUCAAACCAGUACUUCAAUCCUGAAGCAGGGCAAAGUUUGAGUCGAAUGUCAUUUGAGACUUGCCAACGUGGUCGUUCAGCUGUGCACCAUGUGCGAUUAGCAAUUGCGGCGGAGAAUAAGACCGUUUUUGCCACAAUAUCGACAGGAAUUAGAUCUGCUAUAACAGACUAUAGGGUUGUAGUGAAACAUUCUAUAUUCCUUGACUUUGAUGAUCACCACGUUUCAAAGCUUUUUUGCUAUCUGCUGACUAUUUACCCCGCAGCCGAUUCAUUAUUGAACUUGAUCCGGGGCGCAGGAUAUUAUUACUUUGCUGGUUGCACCGACACUUUAGGGAUUGGUUCCCGCUUACCUGGUUACUAUCCUAAGCUACAAGAAGCCAGACUCUUAGCCAUCUUGGAGAGUGCUUUCCUUUGUCACCAUCGAAAAGGCUCUCCAAGAUGUUGUCCGGAGCACACCACGUGGAGGUGGUCUGGCAUAUCGUGCUCCGUUGCAGGGAGACUCUCACGAUUUGAAAUGGGAAUAAUACUCUGCCUUCAAGACCCGCAAGGAAAAUCUGUCCGCAAACAACUAGAGCAUGAGCUGCAUUACUCUCGAGCUGCUUACUCUUGUUGGUAA